UGUCAGUGGCAACACUGGCCCCAGCCUUGUAAUAUGGCCGCUACAGGCAAGAAAUCAAAGAAAAUAAAAUGGAUCAAAGCCGACGCUACAAACUUCAUUGCGGAGUCAACCACAACCCCUGCAGCUAACGAUUGGGCAGAUUCUGUAGACGAUGGACACUCAUAUGUAUCAUCGCGGCAUCGUCCACCUAUGGUGCUGCCGUCAGCGUCACGCGCAGCCCGAGGUGGCCUUGCAGUGGAUGAUGAAUCUAUACCGCGUCGUCCUCCCUACAUCGCGCAUAUCUCCAACUUGCCUUAUGAUGUUGAGGAGAGUGCAAUCAUGGAGUUGUUUGAAGGGCUUAAGAUAAACAAUUUGCGACUGCCAAAAGAAGGAGGCCGUCUUAAAGGCUUUGGGGAUGUAGACUUUGAAGACAGAGAGAGUCUUGUCAGUGCUAUGAAUAUGCCUGACUUGAUGAUAGGAGGCAGAAGAAUCAGAAUAGAAGUGUCCACUCAAGACAAUGAUCGUCGAAUGGGUAGAAGUGGCAGAUCUGAUAGAGACAGAGAAUAUGACCCAGAGCGCACAAUGGGCGACUGGCGCUCCGGCCCGCGAGCUGUGCCCGAGCCGGCGCGCCGCUCCGAGGCCACACGCGACCGCGAGCGCGAGCGGGACUCCAGCGCAGACAACCGUCCCGGCGGGUGGCGCGAUGCGGAGCGCAGCGAGCCGGCGCGCACGCCGUACGGCGGCCGGGACUCGUACGGCCGCGACCGAGAAAGUGGGCGAGAUCGCGGCUACGGUGGUCGUGAUGGUUUUCGUACUGCGGAUAGAGAUGGAUAUGGGAGUCGCGAAAGUAGAGGAUUCGGUAGUAGGGGAUUCGGUGACAGGGAUCGUGAUCCAGCAAGAGAAGAUAGUAAACCUCGCGAACGUCCUAAGCUUAACCUACUACCAAGGACUGUACCCCGAGAAACCGAGACACCUACGAAACCUGCAGAUGGAGCCUUACUCGAGGAAAAAAUGCCAGAAAAGAAUGUGCCUAAACCUGUCCCUGCUGAAAAAGUUUUUGGAGCUGCCAAGCCUGUUGAUACUGCAGCUAAGGAACGUGAAAUAGAAGAACGUUUACGAAAACAAGAAGAGGAGUCGAGACGCGCUGUUGAAGAGAAAGAUCGCUGGGGUCGCAGGAACGAUCAUUCUGGCGAUCGUCGUGGUGGCGCUAGACGUGAUGAUCGUGAUCGUGGUAGAGAUUCUCGUAGUUACAAUAGAGACCGACGUGACUAUUCCAAGGACGACAAAGAUAGACGCGACUAUUCCAAAGACGAUAGAGACCGGCGUGACUAUUCAAAAGAUGACAAAGAUCGACGCGAGAGAGACGACAGGGACCGCCGCGAGAGAGACGACAGGGACCGCCGGGACAAAGAUAAUAGGGACCGCGAUUACAGAGACGAUAGGGACCGCGAUUACAGAGAUGAAAAGGAUCGCGAUUAUAGAGACGACAGAAACCGCGAAGGCAAGGACGACGACAGGCGUGACAAAGACGAGAGCGAUAACAGAGACGAUCGGGGCAGGCGUGAUAUUUCCGGUGAGCGAAACGAUCGCCAACGCGACCCGUCACCGGAACGGAAAGACGUAGAUCUACACGACCAACAUAACGGUCGCCAAAGUCGCAGCCGCGACAGACACGACGUUGGAGUCGACAAACCUUUGCCCAAGCUCAAGGAGCAGGAGAAACCGAACUUUGUAGCAUCGAAUAAAUUUAGCUUCCUGGAAGACGCAGACGACGGCGGCUCCGAUUAACACGUGCUUCAUUUAUCAGUUUCCGUUUUUACUGACUCGAGUGUAAAGUGUAAAUUUACGAGUAUCGAGUGCCGGCGUGUGCGGUGCGACUCGCUAAGCACUCAGACGAUCAUCAGUUGUGCUAUGUAAUAGAACUCAUUAGUCGUUAGUGCGGUGUGGUAUACGUGUAUAUUAGGGUCGCUGAUGCUCACACUGCUUCGAGGCCGGCCCCAGCCUAUAUUAUGCCCCGUUAAGUACAGCUGUAUCUUUACUCGACUUAAUAUUCUAUUCCCUAUUCCAAUCGUAGUAGGAGGGGAGGUAAACAAACCGUAGAUUUACAAAUUACUUGCGAUUUUCUAAUUGUUCUUAUGUGUUACGCACUAUAAAUUAGUUAUUACACAGUUAUUAAAUAAUAUAUUUUUAUUUAUAAUACAACAAUAUUCCACUCAAAUAGUUAUAACCACAUAAAUUUUCGAAGUUCCGAUUACAACUUCGCGGACAUUGAAAACGCCAUUUUAUCGUUAGUUAACGCCAUUGAUAUCGGUGUCAAAUUUGUUUAUUUGAGCUUACUCCUCUUGUGGUUCGAAUAGGCUAUAAUGUAAAUCGCAAUUCAUUCCGAUUCCUAAAUUCUUCUACAAUUAUAUAUUUUAAUUAAUUAUACGGCUUAUGGAUUGGUCAUAUUACAGGCUGGGGCAGCUAAUUUGUAACCAUGUACUGAUUGGUGUAAAUUUUUCUAUGGGUUUGUUAAAUUGUAAUAAUUAUAAGCAGGGCUACAUUACGAUAUCGGCCAAGAGCAAUUAUUCCUACUAUUUUGCAAUGAACUGAUAAACUGUUACAGGUGCUCUCAAAUUAAAAUUUUUUGUGAAUAUUUUUUUUUAUUAGCAUUGUUCAUGUUUCUUAUGUGGAAAUUUCAUUAAGAAACAUUUGUACCACCACUGGAAAUCUGUUUUCCUUAUUUAGAGUAUGUCUAUACUAAAUAUUUAGUCGAUUUAGAAUUAUUGUUAGAAUUUUAAUUGUAUUAUUUAUCUUUACACUCAAAAUUUGUCAAGCAGUUGUAAAGUGUUUAUUUUAACACAUUUUGCAAGUAUAUUUAUUUGCCUACCUUGAGUGAAAAGUCAUAAAAUGUACCUAAUUGUAAAUAAUACAGAUUAGGCCUGGUCACAAGAAUAUUCUGAUCAAUGACAAAAUAUAAUAUUAUGUUUAUAAUAUUUAUCUUCAGGAUUUUUUUGGUACAUAUUCUCCAAUUGUGAAUUAUAAAUAAAUUACACUUUUUACAGCCAA